AUGGCCGCCAGCAGAAAGAACCAGGGCAAUGUGAUAACUUCUGAAGAGAAACCAACCGACAAUCUCCCGGUUUGUGUAAACAAAGAUCAUAUGGGGGGAAAAGCACAUUCCACAGAACAAUGUAUUUCAGGUAUAAAUAUAUUUAACAACUGUAUUUCUGAAAUUAUAAACCAGAAUACAGUUAAUGAUGUAGCUGGCCAGAAAGAAAUAUAUGACUCAAAGUUCAAGACUGUAGAUAUAAACGAGCUCCCAAUACGAUCACGACAUGCACUAUUUUCUAGAGCUUGCCCUCAUGAUAGGCAUGAUCCAGAUUUGACUAAGAACACUGAUUGUCAAAUACAUCAUCGUGACCGUGAAUCCAGCAGAAUACCAGUGAAAGGGUUAACUAAGAAGUUUAGAAAAAGUCGAUUGUUAAGAAAACAACUUAAGCAUAACAUCAAAAGGUCUGUACCAAGAUCCUCGCAACUUCAUUAUAUAGUAUGGAAUUUGUGUCGUAAAAACACUUGUCACAUGAAGCGUGUCCCUGAUGACAUUUACUGUCCUACUACGAAGGUUGGAAAGUGA